AAGUAGUCGAUUUCAGUGUCAGUGUUGCGGUGGAGAGGAGAGGAGAGGAUGGCUUCGUUCGCCGCAACCGAGCUCGGCCGUCUCUUCCCAUCGCUAUUGGCGACGCCAAGAAACCCUCGACCGGUUCCGUCUCCCCUCGGGCGCUCUCCCGAAACCCUCGUCUCCUUCUCCUCUUCGAUUCGAGCUGCUCCAGCCGCACUGGUACUCUGCGCGAGGAAUGGGCGUGCGCCCGUUGUCGCGGAGGGCACGAAGCAUCUAAUCGGGUCGUUGACGAAGACCGAGGGGCUGAAGUUCGCGGUGGUUGUAGCACGCUUUAAUGAAAUUAUCACUAACUUGCUAUUGGAGGGAGCUCUGGAGACUUUUCAGCGUUAUUCAGUUGAUGAUGAUGAUAUUACAGUUGUUAAAGUUCCUGGCAGCUUUGAAGUUCCUGUUGUUGCACAACGCCUUGGAAAAUCAGGAAAAUUUGAUGCAAUUUUGUGCAUUGGAGCUGUGAUUAGAGGUGAUACUAGUCAUUAUGAUGCAGUUGCAAAUUCGGCAGCAUCUGGGGUACUUAAUGCUGGAUUAUCUUCAGGAGUUCCAUGCAUAUUUGGUGUUCUGACCUGUGAUGACAUGGAUCAGGCCUUAAAUCGAGCUGGUGGUAAAUCUGGAAACAAGGGUGCAGAGGCUGCUUUGACCGCCAUCGAGAUGGCUUCGCUGUUUAAACACCAUCUUUUGAAGUGACCACCAGUACUGCAUUCAUCCUCUAUUAGAGCCACCUUUUUUUUUCCGCUUCCUUGAGUUUGUCUUCGAAAAUGUCAUUCUGCUGAAAAAAAGUUUUUGUUGUCGGCCUCAAUAAAUUCGAAAUAUUAUUUGCUGCCACCCUUAAAAUAAAAAAAGCAGUUGGUGUUGA